CCAUUCCUUCACUAUUUCGAGAAGUGCCUCCUCAGACAUUGGUUGACAGAUAAAGCUGAUGUCUGGGCGGUCUGCUGCCUCGCUGUCUGCCGCUUCGCUGUUUACUGCCUCGCUGUCUGCCGCCUCACUGUUUACUGCCUUGCUGUCUGCCGCCUCGCUGUUUACUGCCUUGCUGUCUAUUGCCUCGGCAGUAUCCGCGUGUAGUAGAGCAUAUAUCAAGUAAAGAUCGAACUUGUUAUGUUCUGGUUCAUCGUCUUCCACCUGAUCCUCAUCUUUCUUCUGAGCCUCAUCUUCCUCCUGAGCCUCAUCUCUCAUCCUCCCGAUUGCUAUAAACAAUUCAUCCAAGUCUCUCUUCACACCUUUUUCUUCCCAGAAUUUGCGCAUAUUGACAUAGAAACGAUUUAUGAUGAUCCAAUCCUUGAAUCUCCAUGGAGGAGGUUUCCGUGUGCCGAUGGUUAAGUGGUCGAUAAACUCUUUCAUCAUUCUCUCGAACAUUUUGCUUCCGUAUUGCGCAUGGAGUGUAUGAGAUAGUUCUGCAAGCCAACUGUUUACAGAGCCUGUUGCCUCAGGAUACUCUGCGAAUUUCUCAGCGGAGGUUGUGAAGGGAUUGAGUGGCGGCAAAUCCUGGGGACUGGGUGAAGGCAAAUCCUGGGGGCUUAGCUGAAUGCCUACUCUUUUGUGAGGGGCCUGUUGGGCUGCAUCACCCAGAUUCUGUUUUGGGCGAGACGGUACUUGCUGAAAUGAUGACAUUCUUUUCAGCGUGUUUCGGACUGAGAACUUGUCUUCUUUUUCUGCUUCGGCUCUUGUCAUCAUUCUAGGUUGAGUUUCGCCACUUCUCGAUACAAAUACAAUCUCAUCUGGGUCACUUUUCGGUUUCUGUGUUGAGGACAAUUUGCUUUUGCUUCCGACCUCAGACCCAGCUUUCUUUUGCAACUUGCGUGGACCUGAAGUCUUCUCAUCUUUUUUGACUUCUCCCAUCCAAACU